CCGGGGGAGGGGGGAGGAACCUACAACAAAACUCUUGGUUUAUGAACAUGCGCAUUCGUUCUCCGUAGCUUUUUUUGGUAUUGAAAGGGAGCAUGCGCAUAAUGACGGGAUUGGCCCUCUGAAGUUUGAACAGGACCGAAACGGCUGGUUCUGGGUCUGUCAGUUGCUCACUUUUUUGAAGGAGGCCUAGUUUGCAUCUCAGCAUGUCAAUAGUAACAGUGCAACUUGGUCAGUGUGGCAAUCAAAUUGGUUUUGAAGUAUUUGAUGCUCUAUAUAGUGACUCACACUGUCCCCAGGGACUCUGCUCCAAAAGAGAGAAUGAGGUGUAUCAAGCAUCUUGCAAAGAAAGAUUCUUCAGUGAAGAGGAAAAUGGAGUUCCCAUUGCCCGGGCUGUACUUGUUGAUAUGGAACCUAAAGUUAUCAAUCAAACACUAUCAAAGGCUGCCCAGUCUGGCCGAUGGAAAUAUGGCCAGCAUUCGUGCUUCUGUCAGAAACAAGGUUCUGGAAACAACUGGGCAUAUGGUUACUCUGUUCAUGGACCCAGGCAUGAAGAAUCUAUAAUGAACCUAAUCCAGAAGGAAGUGGAAAAAUGUGACUGUUUGAGUGGUUUUUUCAUCAUAAUGAGUAUGGCUGGGGGCACAGGAUCAGGUCUAGGAGCCUUCGUUACACAGAAUUUACAAGAUCACUACUCAAACUCUUUGAAAAUGAAUCAGAUUAUAUGGCCUUAUGGAACCGGUGAGGUUAUUGUUCAGAACUACAACUCCAUUUUGACUCUUUCUCACUUGUACCGAUCUUCAGAUGCCCUCCUCGUUCAUGAAAAUGAUGCUGUUCAUAAGAUCUGUGCAAAACUGAUGAACAUCAAGCAAAUCUCCUUUACCGAUAUAAACCAAGUCCUUGCACAUCAGCUGGGAAGCGUGUUCCAACCUACUUAUUCUAUGGAAGGCUCAUAUCACUACAGAAGAAAUCCAUUAGGAGAGUUAAUGGAGAAUUUAGUCCCCCAUCCUGAAUUCAAGAUGCUGGGUAUUCGUAACAUUCCUCAGAUGUCUGAGAACUCACUGGCUUACAGUACGUUUACUUGGGCUGGCCUCCUCAAGCACCUGAGACAGAUGCUCAUUUCUAAUUCGAAAAUGGAAGAAGGUAUUGAUUGGCAGGUUCGGCCUCCUUUAUCAGGACUUCCUACUCUUGGUAAAGUGUCUCUCAACAGGGAGCUUCAUUUUAACACCUCCAUUGCUAACUUGGUCAUCCUUCGUGGGAAAGAUGUGCAUAGUGCAGAUCUGGGAGGAUUUAAAGAUCCAGCACUCUAUACUUCUUGGUUAGCGCCUGUUAAUGCUUUCAAUGUAUGGAAAACCCAGCGAGCAUUUAGCAAAUAUGAGAAGUCUGCAGCAUUGGUCAGCAAUAGCCAGUUCUUACUAAAACCACUUGAUACGAUUGUGGGCAAAGCAUGGAAUAUGUUUGCUUCAAAAGCCUACAUUCAUCAGUACACAAAAUUUGGAAUUGAAGAAGAGGACUUUCUGGACAGUUUCACAUUGUUGGAACAAGUUGUUGCCAGUUACUGCAAUCUCUGAUCGCCAACAGAGGAGAAAAAGUACCCUAGGUCAUUUUGGGGCUAAACAAUUUUCAAUAUUACUUUUUCUGUAAGGUGUUCAGAUCCCUACCUGUUAAAGUAACAAAGGUGAAUGCUGUUUCCUUUGGCAUACCAUAACCACAGAAAAGGAGGAAAACUUUAUUUUUUUAUUUUUUUUUAACGUUUAUUUAUUAUUGAGAGAUACAGACAGAGUAUGAGCAUGGGAGGGGCAGAGAGAGAGGGAGACACAGAAUCCGAAGCAGGUU